UAUGAUUCUUGUAUUAAAGUAAAGUCGAUAUAUAGUAUAGUCGUGGGUGCUACGAGUGUAGUAGUGUCAAUCCUGACUUGCUUGUAAAUAAAUAAUAAUUAUGUCGCUCGAUCAGACUGUAUGCGAAGAUUUGAAGGCUUUUGAGAGACGUCUUACUGAGGUGAUCUCUAGCUUGCAACCAUCCACAUUAAGGUGGCGAAUACUUUUAGGUUUCAUUUCCGUGUGUACUGCUGUAGGAGCCUGGCACUGGCUAACAGAUCCAAACACAUCGGCUGUGUCUUUUACUCAAAGCCUCUACAAUCACCCUAUAUUUACACUUGCUAGUAUUUUUCUUGUAAUUCUGUUCAUGAUGGGUGUACACAGGCGAGUAAUAGCACCAAGUAUAAUAACGCAAAGAGCCCGAAAAGUUCUUGGUGAUUUCAACAUGAGUUGCGACGACACGGGCAAGCUAAUUCUGAAGCCAACAAGACCAGCUCAUCCGCACGAAACUUGAAUAACUUAGUAGGACCGAUCUCAAGAUCAAAGUGGUAAAAUCAUGUUGAGUUGUAUCCGCAUGGUGGAAGGCCACCAAUGGUUUUUGAGUGAGAAAAAGAGAACUGUUAAUAAAACCAAACUGCAAGAUACAAUCAAGUGAGCCUAUUGACGAAUAAGCUAACAAGAGAACAUCAAUCGUUCAAAAUGAACGUCUGCAGUGUCCCCAAGAUAGUGAACAUGUCGCCAACGAUUCAGACAUUUUUUCGUGUAUAUUUCUCUAUUAUUUUCUUUAUUGAGACUGCUGAUGUGAGAUUAAGUUUAUUUUGACAAAAAAUGUGAAAGUCGAACACAAAAUGUUGAAAAUGACGUGACAAGAAAAUUGCGUCUUCCUUGUUGAUUUUUCAAGUACUAAGACGAACUAAAUGUGCCGGAAAAGGAUCAGUCUACGAGUAUGAAAAACAUUGAGCUCAUCGAAGAGGUAUCAUAUAUUUUGCGAUGAUUGGGAAACCUUGUUAUGGACAAUCGAAAUAUUCGAUAAAAAAACCGACGUACAAGUCGUAUCGCAUCCUUGAGUGAACAAAAAUACACUAAUGGAGGUGAAAAAUUUUAUUCGUAGCUAUUUGAUUGAAUGACUGAGCGAGAUGAAAUUCCGGUUUAAAAACCCUGUAAAAAAAACAAAGUGUGUCAAAGAUUCUUGAUGAUUCUUGAGAGGAUGAAAAAUAAUAAUGUUUGUUAUUUCACAUUGGAAA